AUGGUCACACGGAAACACUUCCUUAGCAUCUACAUUACCCAGUGUUUCCUUCCUCCUCCGGCCCUACAGGGGGUGCUGUGUCCUACAGGCUGUGAGCUGAAGACGGCCAUACUGAAACAAGAGAGGAACGUAAAAGAGGAAGUCAGGAGGAUGCAGAAGGAUGUUGACGACCUGUCGAGAUCCUCUAACACCAUCUAUAACUACGUAGACGGCAUGUCCUCAGCGCUGAGAGAGAGACAGCUGGUGAGCAACGAGAAUGGUGACCUGGUGAGUCAGUACACAGAUGACUUGGAGACCCAGCACAUUUAUGCAAAGGAGGCAAUAGACACCGUGUUCCCAUCUAACAUCAGGAUCCUGCAGGGAGUCCUGGAGAAGAUCCGGUUGAAGAUCCAGAGAGUGGAGAAGGCUAUCCUGGCCCAGAGAGACGAAUGCAGGGAGCCGUGCACCGUCUCCUGCCCCAUACCUGUUGUCUCUGGUAAGGAGUGUGAGGACAUCUACAGGAAAGGAGGAAGGGAUUCUGGGAUGUAUCUGGUUCAGCCUGACCCCUUCUACCAGCCCUACAAGGUCUACUGUGACCAGACCACUCAGAAUGGAGGCUGGACCACUAUUCAGAACAGGAUGGAUGGUUCUGUAGAUUUCGGCCGCCGUUGGGACAACUACCGCAGCGGUUUCGGGAAUAUCGCCUUCGACGUUGGGAAGGGACACUGCAACACUCCAGGGGAGUACUGGCUGGGUAACGAACGAAUCAGUCAGCUGACCAAGCAGGGUCCCACUGAGGUCCUCAUGGAGAUGGAGGAUUGGUCUGGCAACAAGGUCCACGCCCAGUACCAACAGUUUACUAUACAGAGCGAGGCGUCCCGGUAUGUGAUGGCGAUCAGCGGGUACUCUGGUACGGCCGGCAACGUGAUGCUGGAAGGGGCUACGGAGCUGUUUGGAGAGAACCGGACCAUGACCAUACACAAUGGAAUGAUGUUCAGCACCUACGACAGAGACAACGAUAACUGGACCCCAGGUGACCCGUCCAAGCAGUGCUCCCGUGAGGACGGCGGUGGCUGGUGGUACAACAGGUGUCACUCAGCCAAUCCCAACGGCCGUUACUACUGGGGCGGGGCUUACACCCGGUACAUGGCAAAACACGGGACGGAUGACGGCAUGGUGUGGAUGAACUGGAAGGGAUCCUGGUACUCUCUCAAAGCCAUCAGCAUGAAGAUCAGGCCCUACUUCGCCUCGCGGUAGAGAGACACAGGGACUAGGCCCUACUUCGCCUCGCGGUAGACACACACAGGGACACACACAGGGACACACACAGAGACACACACAGAGACACACACAGAGACACACACAGGGACACACACAGAGACACACACAGAGACACACACAGGGACACACACAGGGA